UAUGUUUGUGUAAAAGGUUUUAGCUGAGUCUACUUUCAUAGCUCAGCUAUUUUAUUUUGUUUUCUACAAAAACAGAAUGAUAAGGAUUUUCUACUGUUGCUUCUCCUUGUCCAAACUCUUGAUCCAUCUUAACUGAUUGUGAGUGCUACUAAACAAUACCCAGCACCACUAACAUGUCCAGGUAUAGUCAUGUUCUUAUCUAUGUCCAAGAAAUGGGAAAAACAGGAAACAAAAAUGACAUGUAACUGCCCAAUUAUUAGUAAGCAUGCCUUCGAAAACUUGCUGUGUCUUAACUGAAUUAUCAAUCGUAGAUUUGGUUCAUACCUCUCUAUCAUCUCUUUCUGUAUGACUUUUCUCAAAUACUCCCCAUUUUCCCCUUCCAGUUCCUAAACAUCCUGAAGAAUCAUCUUUACUGAGAAGAUCUGUCACAGUAUGGACUUCAGCUUUGCUUGUUAGGCCUUGAUCCUUUGCUGUCCAAUUCAGCUUCAAAUGAACUCACUCACAUUCAUCUGUAAAAGAACUGAAGAAUAUGUUGAUCAGACAAUUGUUGUCUUUUCAAGUUACCAGAACAUUACUUGUCUUGUGUGAUUUCUUCUACAGAACCAUGGCUGGAAGUGGAACUGGACUGAAGACCCCAGACCUGGUGAAGAAGGUCGCUUCUGCCAAUUCCCAGUUUGGUCUGGACCUGUACAAGAAGGUCGCCUUAGAACUGAAGGACUCCAAUGUGUUUCUGUCUCCCUUCAGCAUCUCGGCAGCUCUGGCCAUGACCCAGCUGGGAGCUCGAGGUGACACAGCAGCUCAGAUGAACCAGGUCCUGAAGUGGACUGACAUCCAGGACUCCGUACAUCCAGGGUUUGAAGACUAUCUGCGUCUUCUGAAAACACAGGGAGACUACGUACUUACAACAGCCAACCGCUUGUUUGUGAAUGAUAAGGCCAAGAUUCUGGAUGAAUUUCUACAGAAGACAGAGAAGCAUUAUGGUGCUCAGGCUGUUCUGUCUGACUUUGUGGGCAAUGGAGCUGGAGAGGCGGAGAAGAUCAACCAAUGGGUGGAAUCGGAGACCAACAGCAAGAUAAAGGAUCUGAUCACAGGUGGAAUCGAUCCACUGACAGCUAUGAUCCUUGUUAAUGCCAUAUACUUCAAAGGCAACUGGGCAGAGAAAUUCGAUCCGACAAGGACAGAGAAGGGCAUGUUUAAGGUGAAGCCUGGAGAGACGGUACAAGUUGAUAUGAUGCGGAUGGAGAAGAAGUUCAGGUUUGGCCUAAAUGAUGAACUGAACUGUUCUGUGUUGGAACUGCCUUAUGUAAAGGAGGACCUUAGCAUGUUCUUCUUGUUGCCUUACAAGGAUGAUGGUUUGGGAGAACUGGAAAGCAAACUGAAUCAUGUAUCUUUGACGGAAGCCUUAAAACGCGUUGUUCACAAAACUACUGUUGACAUCUCUAUGCCCAGAUUUGUAUUGGAAUCAAGCUUUGAGAUGAAUGAAGUCCUGAAGUCGCUGGGAAUGUCUGAUGCUUUUGACGAGCAGAAAGCUGAUCUGUCCGGAAUUGAUGGAAGUCGCCUCCUGUAUGUCUCUAAGGUGGUCCACAAGGCCUUCCUGGAAGUGAACGAGGAGGGAAGUGAAGCUGCUGCAGCCACAGCAGUUACAUUCAUGUUUUUAUCCCUCCCUAUCUCUGAGCCUUUCAAGGCAGAUCAUCCCUUCCUGUUCCUCAUCCGUGACAACCGAGCCGAUGUUGUGCUCUUCAUGGGCAGACUUGUUCGUCCUCCCACAGCAGGCUCAGCUGGUGUUUCACAGAAAACUGAACUGUAGAGCUGUUGAUAUGAUUCUGAAUUAGAUCAACAUUAAUUAAGUAGAUUGUUUGACUGAAACUAUUCAAAGAGCUGCUGACAGUUUCCGGAAGUAGGCUAGUAUAUUGUUAUUGUUUCCCUAGAUGAAGGUAUAAGAGUUCAGUAGGGAUGUAGAUACUGAUGGUUAUUGGUAUUCUUUACGUGUAACACCAUAUCCGACAUUGAGGACCAUAUCCAUAGUUAGAGACCAUAUCCGUUGUUGAGGGCCAUAUGUAAAUUUAAGGACCAUAUCCAUUGUUGAGGACAUAUGUAAUGUUAAGCACCAUAUCCGUUGUUGAGGACCAAAUGUAAUGUGGGGAAUCAAACCAGGGUCUUCGGCAUGACAAGCCAAUGGUUUAACCACUAGGCUAUCCCACCGCCCCUGUGUGAGAAUGAACAGAGGAUUAUUUUGAUUAAACCCACUUGCCUUAGAAGCCACCACAUGUG